AUGUCCACCACAACUUACUCAGUACAUGUUAGCAACAUCGCCCCGACCACGGGCGAAUCUCAGCUUCACGACUUCUUCACGUUUUGUGGAAAGAUCCAGUCCAUCGAUUACAAGGAAAAGACAGCAACAAUAUAUUUCGAGAAGUCUUCCGCAGCGAAGACUGCGCUCAUGUUGAAUGGUGGAACAUUGGACGGUAGCCGCCUUGAGGUGACGUCAGAUGUGGACCACCAGGAUGAGCCUCAUCACGACGAGCCCCGAUCGGGUGUGCCAAUUGACCAGUCCGAUAAGCCACGCGCCGGAAUCGCGGCCGAAUACCUUGCCAAGGGUUACCAACUCUCCGACAACAUCCUUCACCGUGCCAUUGACAUCGAUAACAAACAAGGCAUCUCGAAACGCUUCCUGGACUAUUUCCACUCUUUGGACACAAACCUAGGACAGCGCGCGCUUGGACCUGAUCAAACGAUUAGCGGGAAGGUGCAGACCUCUUUGGAAGCUGCUACCCAGCAAGCCAGAGCUGUGGACGAGCAGAAAGGGUUCUCGAAGAUGGCUUCCGACUAUUACGCGAAGGCACUAGCGACACCGUUGGGCCAGCGUAUCAAGAGCUUCUAUACCUCCACUGCUAAGGAAGUUCAAGACAUUCAUGAAGAGGCUUUGCGUAUAAAGGCCCAGUCUGCCUCACAUGAGACACCCGCCGCUCAGCCUGAGCCUACUCCUGCUGCGGAGGCGUCAAAACCCGCGGCAUGA